GCGGGGUUUAUCAAUGAAAACGUCAAUAGUAACGAUAAUGUUGAUGACGAUUGUUAUAGUAUUUUUAAUAAUCAUAAACAUGAUCUUAAUAUGAUUCAUUUCAUAUAUUUCAAUUAAAUGAUAAUAAUAGUAAUAAUGAAUUUGAUGAUAUUUGAUAAUGAUGAUGCUGAUGGUAAUGAUGAUGAUGACGAUGACGAUGAUGGCUCUGACAAUGACAUCAACAAACCGAAACAACGACUUCAUAAUCUGAAGAAGACAAACUAUUUUGCAAAGCCUAUCAAGAAUAAUGAUAACCAUUAUUGGUAA